AUCUGCAGACUGCUUAUCAUGUUCAGACACCUCCUUGUCUUUGUUUCUCCCAGCUGGCAGACAACAGGCAACUUUCUUAUACACAGCCAGCAUAAAGAUGAAUAAACUUUGCUAACACGGACAUACUGGGAUCGAGGAGGCAACGAGAGGAGUUUACAAAGUCCAGAAUCUCAAUGCCUGACUGAAAGAACAGGGGGGCUAAUGGAUUCUUCGGACUUCUCCUUGCUGUCUUCCCUGAGAGGAGAAUUUAAAGCUGAUGAUUACAUACAGCCCCACUAUAAGGAGGCAUAUCGGCUGGCUAUCGAUCGCCUAUUGAGUGGCGGUCGGGACAGUUACCGAGAGUUUCUCAAAGGUGAACGCGUGGGGAAUUUUCUUUCAGAAGAUGAGCUCACUUUUAUAACGACGCACGCAGAGCUGCCCAAACCCCCGACCCAACCUGAGGAAAUUAAUAUUCAAAACCACAGUGAUGGCCAGUCAUCUUCGGGGACUUACUGGCCCAUGCACUCCGAUGUGGAGACGCCGGAUUUGGAUUUAGGAUGGCCAGACGUCAGACACGAAAAACUUCAAACAAAUAUAGAUCUGCUUUAUCACCCUCCCCGGCAAAACAAUCCCACUAUCAAAGAGGUGAUACGGAAACACAUUCAGGAUGCCAGGCAGGUCAUUGCGAUUGUCAUGGAUAAGUUCACAGAUGUGGAUAUUUUUAAAGAUAUUGUGGAGGCUUCAUUACGAGGAGUGGCGGUCUAUGUGCUCUUGAAUCAUUUCAAUUUAAACAACUUCCUCUCCAUGGUUGAAAAUCAAGACGUGAGAAUCCAACAGCUCAGGAAUAUGAGGGUGCGCACAGUUAAAGGUCAGGAUUACCUCUGUCAAUCAGGAGCAAAAUUUCAUGGUGCAAUGGAGCAGAGGUUUCUGUUAUUCGACUGCUGUACGGCUUUGUAUGGUUCCUACAGUUUCUCUUGGUCCUUUGAGAAGAUCAACCUGAGCAUGGUCCAAGUGAUUACGGGGCAUUUGGUGAAAUCCUAUGAUGAGGAAUUUCGGACACUUUACGCACGAUCAACUAUCCCAGCUCAACUCACCCCUUUAGCUUCUCCGAAUGGAUUACAAGGAAGACCCAUUAUACCUAAACCUGUGCUUAAUUCUGCCCCUAAGCUGGAGAGGGGAGGACAGUUACGGCACACGAUGGAGGGAGUGUACAGAAAGAGGAGUCUAGGCUUGACAGAUCCACAUGAAGGUCACUUUGAGGAAGAACCACUUGGACCUAUAAGAGAGAACGGAAUUAGCUCGCAUAUGUCAGCGGAUAACUACAAAAAACGCCAUAGUUAUGCAGGCGAAAGAGAGGAUCCAUACAUUCCUCCAAACUUACACCCCAGGGGAAGCAACUGGAACGUUUCAGGUGAUACUGGGAAAAAUUGUGCAUUCCUAAGCGUUGGGCAGAUAAGAAGUCAACCAAAACGGCAGACAUACCAUAGUAAAGAUAAACUGAUCCCCGCUCAGCCAAUCACUCCAAACCAGGAGAGUACAAAGGCCUUCAUGCGCACGUGGAGGAUUGAAUCUUAUCUUAAUAACACAGACACCCCUCUCAGAGAGUCCUCUGAUUACUUAGAUCAACUUGAUCCAACAGGUAAAGUCAACACAUUUAUGCAAGGGAGAAUGAGGACCUCUCUUGUCUUGAGGUCAACUAUACCAGAGCAAGGGGAGAUGGACAAUUCUUCAUACGGUCUUGGGCGCUUAUCACCAAACUCGGCGAUGCACUAUUCUUCGAUGCAGUGGAGUCCAUCAGCAGCUGACAGAAUGGGCAAGGAAGAAUUUUCUUUUAAACAACAAAGCCUUCAGAUGUUAGAUAACAAUGAAAAAUUAACUUCCACUCGAAGCCCUUUCUACCCAAAUUAUGCAUCCCUGGGUAGACAAAAAGGAAGUCAUAUAUUAACCAAUCCCGACAUAUUCACAGAAAACUGGCACAAAAGGCAUAGUGUGGCUGACCCUCGAUCCAACAGUACUUACAUCCACGAAGAGCAGUUGUAUGGGCCUUUUGCCAGAAUGCAGGUGAACAGAAGCUCAAUGGGGAUUAAUGCACCCAACGGAGGGUACUUGUCAGCGCUGAAUGAGGAUCAAAGAUCAGUCUCUCAUUACGAUGUCAAAAGAAUAACUGGCCCCAAUAGUCCCAGCAGUCCCAUGUGGCAGGAUACACCAUCAAGAGCGCUGUCUGCUGUAGCUCUUGAUGUCAACACAGAGCAUUUGAAUGACAAAGGCAGCGCUACAAACAAGCAACGGUUCUUUAAGAAGAGCUCCAAAAAGAUUAAAUCCUUCCUGAACAUACAUGAUAAGAAAGAUGAUGAAUCUGGGACUCUGGGAAGAGAUAGUGUGAGAUCAGAAGAAAGCACCAACACCUUAACACUAGAGGAUGAGGUGAGAAUCGCUCGAGGAAGAAACCAACAUCGCCAAAGCACAAAGAGCACAGGCAGAACAAGCCCUGAGCGCCACAGAAACCACAGAAUAGAGGACCCGCUUGCAACUUCAAAGCCACGAUUUGCCACUGAGGAACACCGGUACCAACCACAUUCUAGUAACGUCAAAUCUGACUCUCAGAGACAAAUGCAUUCUCCCGACAGGAGCUCACAGUUUAGCUACGAGACAGGUGGCUUGAGCCGGGAUUGUAAUGUUGAGCAGAAAAUGUACAAUAGAUAUGAACCCUCCUAUGUAAAAAUACAGUCAGUGCGCUCUUCUUCUGGAUAUGGGAGUCGAUCUGCUCAGGAAAAAAGUCUUUCUAAAGUUGAUAAGUCCAUAGAACAUCACCAAGCUGCACACGGAAACCAGGAGAAUAAGAUCGGAAAAUUUUUCCAACGAGUGGGGAACCUUAUAAAUAAGCACAAAUGAAUGUCAUUGUAAACUGGUAAAGGGUAUUUCUCUUUUAUUUUUCAAGACUCAUUUUAUAUGACUUGAUUAUUGUUUACAUGUGGAGUUGCCUCAGCUGUGGUAUUUUUGCACUGAUAUGUAAAUAUUGUCUUUUAUAUGGU